AACAACAAAAGACAGUCGACUUUUACGAUUUCUCCAUAAUUCGUUCAAAAAAUGCUAAUACUAUUGCUGUCACUGAAUUGGCAGAUUUGUUUUCAGUAGACUAUAGCAAUUUAUGGGGGUUAUCUUGAUUUUCUGAAGUAGUCUUUGGGUUGUUUGUUGGAAACACUUGGGUAAAAACGUAUUGAUUGGAGGGUAAAUCAUCCACUUCACGUGUUUGAAAGAUUUACUCAAAGUUUCAUAUCAUGAUAACAUUUCGCAUAUCUCUACUUCGCAAUAUCUACCUUCAUUCAACUUUCUUGUAACGCGUUAAAGAUCAUCUUUCCAUUUCCACUUAACAUUUUGGGUCUAACUCUAAACUCAUUAAUGUUUGUAUAAGGGUGUUACUAAGAUAAAUACUGUAACCUGUAGGUAAUGUUAUCAUAAGGUUAGAAACUAACUUAUCAUAAUGCAUUUGAUAAAUUCUUAAGGACAUUACCCUUUCAAAAAUUAUAGCUAUUCACAAUGACGUUUUGAUGAUGAUCAGUUUUACACCAAACAAGUUUACAUUUUUAUAUCAAAUGUAGAUUAAUUCGUGUUUUAUGUCGCACAUAAAGGUUGCAGAUAUUUGCCAACUUUUUUUCCCUUAGCCUACAAAGAGAUUAUGAAAAGUGAACAAACUGGUGAAGUUUUGCUCCCACCGUCUGCUUUUCUUAUCUCAAAUCCUAAUCAUUUCAAUUGCCCUCAGGAUGUGAACAAUGAUGCUGAACGCACUAAUUCGGCAAUAAGCAAUAAGAACACUAGAAAAUUGUCAAUAAGCUCGAUUAUUUCUAAGUAAGUAAUCUAAAAAGUUAUUCUAAAUGCUCUUCUAGAGUUGUAUAUAUCUGAUUAGUAUAACAGUGUUAAUGAAUAAUGCACAUUCAUAAAUUUUUUUGUUAAAUCAAAUCGCCCCGCGUUAUAACUUCUCUUAUUACUACCCAGCUACUCAUCGCUUAGCAUUCUUGGACAUUACUUCACUCGACAAGUCCCUAAAUCAGAACACGAUUCAACAGGAACGCAAUUAUGUUACAAAUAGAAAGGGUGGAUGGAAGUAGGAAUCACAAUAAAAGAAACGUUAGUAUAUUUAUGGUUUUUUACAUAUAAAGAUUCUAGGUUUAUUAAUUACCGACAUGCUCCAAUAACUAUUUGUAACGUUAUCACCGGGCUGUUGCUAAAUUUGACUAGGAAGAUGUGUGGAUAUCCUCAUUUCUUGGAAAUUGAAGACCCACAGAUAAAAAUGACGUUUGAACUGGUCAUCAAAGAGGGGGAUCAACUGGAAGCGUUCACAUUCUCUAUUAAUAAUACCAACAUAAUUGAUAAAUUCAUUAAAUCCUCGUUUAUAAGUUCUAUAUGUUGAUCAUAAUCCUCAAAAAUCGACUCAAUUUCAGCUAAAGAACUUAUCGUAUCUACAUGUGAAUUUUAUUUUAUCGAUUCGAGAUUCACCUCCAUUUAAUUAUAAACCAUUGUUUGUUUAACCUUGUAUUAAGAUAGGAUUAAAGAGAACUCUUUAGUACUACGUACAUAUUCUUGAAAAUCUGUAGUCAUUCAGAAAAGUCUCUCUCAGAGACCAAUUCUUCCCAAUAAAUUACACACUAUGCAAUCACUCAACGCAUUACAAACCUGUACAGUAACAAUAACUACCGUUUAAUAUUGAACGCGAAAACGAUUUAGAAAACAAAAUCGAACUCUUCAGCGCUUAGAUCUUUUAAGGUAUAAUCCUUAGCAAAAAUGUGAUAUCUACCAUUUCGAAAACCCUAAUGAUGCUACUGUUAUGCGUGCUACCUUUGUAAAACAUCUAAUCAUGUUUGGCAUACAUUGCCAUCUCCUCUAUUAUUGACAGCAAUGUGCUAGCAAAGUUUAUUACUAUUAUAGUGUGUAUUCUACUAGUUAUGAUGUGCUUUACAACGAUGCCACCUUUGAUUACCUAUUUCAUGUUAUUUACCAAUGUUCAGUCAAAAUUUAUAAAUCGCGUCUGUUCUAAAGAUAUGUCCUAAUUUUCAAUGUUACCUCUUCUUUUGUAUCAACCUGGUCAAAAUAGUAAAUUGUAAUAAAUUCUAUUAUCGUGUUCAGAGUAUAUUAUUGUUAUUAUUAACUAAGGGCACAGUGUCCUUUUGUAUGUAUAUAUUAGGGCUUCUGAUCGCAAAUUACUAGUUUAAUCAAAACAACCUAAUAACCGAUUACAGAUUCAUUUGUUUGAUUAUAGUCCAUACUUUAUAUUUAAGUGCUAGUGAAGAUAGUUAUUGACUAUAAGCCUAAUUAGGUUUAGCAGGGUUCAAACCUGUAACUCAAACGUUCAAUGCUUUAAUUCAUAAACUAUCAUUCAUACAAUGUAAAAUAUGUUGCAAUUCUGCUAGCAGUAAUUCUUUUUAUUUUUCCAAAGUGCGUAUCAUAGAUGGUGAACAUUUGUAGCUCAAGUGGACGAACAAAACUCCACCAAAUUGCGUAUCAUAGAUUUAUUAAAAAUAAGUUAUAUUAAUUUGUUUUCAGACUAAAUAAGAAUUCAGCUGAUUUAAACGAUGAUGGUCAUUUUGAUCUAAUCAAUUCAGAAGACAUACAAUUCAAUUACACCAACAAAUUUGUUAAUGAACUGAAACAAGAAAAUGAAUAUCUUUUACGAAGUCAGACGAAAGCUUUAGACGAAUUGAACAAAAUACGAGGAUACAUUGGAUUGGGUAGAGUUUCAUCUAAAAUUACAUUUAAGGAAGAUUCUCUUGAACAACAUAAAUGUAUUUGCGAUACAGAAUUACUGGAAAAGGUUAUAUAUAAAUUUUAACUAAAUGGUUUGAAUUAGACUUUUCGACUUCUAAUCUAUGUAUCUUUUUACUCUGCCACUUCCUAUUUAUUAGUGACUUUUGCUUUCAUCGAAUUCUUUGUCUUAAUAUAGGUUUCGAGAGUUAGAAUAUCUUUUUUAACGUUUCCAGCAAAUAAUUAAAUUAAAGGUCUAGCUAUCAGCGUAUAAUAUCACUUGUUUUUUUAAUGAUGUAAUAUUAUUAAUGCUGUAAGAUAAAUAAUCCGUUAACGGUUGACGAGUUGUUGGACGUUACCCUAAUCACCGGAAAUGACUGAGUUAUAUGAUCAUUUGUACAAAUUUAAUCGAAUAGUUUCACAGAAAUUGGGCACCGAUCAUAGUAAAGACAUCUGUAAAAACUAUAUUGAAUAAUCUCGGGGACUAAAACUUAAAUGAUUACAACGUUCAUGUUUGGGAAAAACAUUCAAGCAACUGGAUGUGAAGUUAAAGAAGCAUAAAAAAUGUUUGAAACAUGCCCCAUAAAUCCUCACUAGACCUCAAUAAGUUAGAGGAUAUAUCUAUAACUGCACUGCAUUGAUUAGAAACAGGACAUAAGACCAACUUCAAAAGAAUCAAAAUUCAGAAAAGUUUUGGCAUUCAUUCACAAAGAACCAAUGCCUAUAUUGGUAAAUAAGAAUAGCUUGAAUAGAAAAAUGAUCGGAUUAGCUGCAUCGUGACAACUGUUAAUGAACAAACAAAUUUUCGAACCUUAUCAUCCAGCCUAUCUAUGCAAUCUGUAGUUGAAUUCCAGCUAAAAGACCGACGCCUAAUAAUUCAGUCAGUUAUCAUAAUUGAAAGUCGCCUUCAAUUAUUUUCAAUGUUUAGCAUCACAACUAACUCUUACUGUUCACAUCCUACAUAUAUUACGACUACCUAAAUUUACUCAAGUGUACUUAUCGAUUUAUAGUAAACAAAAAUGAUGAAUAUGUCCCUGAUUGUAGUCAGAGGAUUCAUUUACCCACUAAAUCCUUAAUUUAAGAAUAACAUAAAGACACGCAUAAAUGCUUAUUCUUAUCCCACAUUGUGAACAAAUUCCACAUAAGGACUCAUUAUAUUACUAUAAACAAAAUCAACAUUUAAACGUAAUUAAACACGUUUUUUUGGCAUUAUUUGGUUUGUAAACUUUAUUUAUAUUUAAUAGAUUUUUUCUUGAUUGUUUCUCUGAAGAAGCUCAAAUCAUUUGCUAGAAGGAACGCCGAAAUUAUUUUAAUAUCAAUCGUUGAGUCUGCUCAGACAUAAUUUUCGUAUUAUGACUGAGCUAGCUUGGUUAUAUACAUCUUUGUCCUAAAACUAUUAGUUUCUAUAUGUUGGUUAGUAUAAAAAACGUUGCACUCUACCACUCGCCUUAUUAUAUAUAUGUUGAGACGCUUUUGAAGCAUUAUCUGAUCACUUUUUUGUAUAAUUAGAGGAAAUAGUUACAAUAAAUGUCAUCUUGAAGCAAUAUUCUUUUAGGUUGCUUUCUUUCACACCUUUGUAUUUUUAGUUCAAUGUAGCAUUUUUUUGAUGAUCUUCUGAAGUCUGGUUCUUUUUGUGACGUCAGAAUCAGCUGCUUCAGCAAUUCACUAGUUUCUAUUUGGAAUUCGGAAUGGUCCUUUUUAUUUUCUCAUCUAAAGCCAUAAUGGAAUCACCCAGAUUUGCCUUUAUACAUUUUCCAAUUAUUUUCAUCUUCUAGCUGAAAUAUUUGGAGAAUAAAAAUUCUGAGUUAAAUCUGCAACUUGAACAAAUGAAUAGUCGAAUGAGUAGUUUGGAGACAGUUCUAGAAAUUCAAGAAAAACAGUUGUCCAGAGAAAGUGGUAAUCAAGUGUUACCUAUUAAUAAUAAGUCUGGAAAAGUGGAAAAUUUACUUUGCACAUGGCGUAAACAUGUUUUACGCUUACUUAUUGAAAUAGAAAAUCUUAAGUCUGAAAAUUCUCAUACUGUAACCAAAUCAAAGUGUGCCUAUGAAAAGCUACUUUCAGAAUUUGAAUCUUUAAAAGCAACUUUAGAAGCAACUGAAUUUAAACUGAAAGCUAGCGAUUCUGCACUGAACGUAGAACGUAAUAAAAGACAGGUAAGUAGAGGUUUUCUCUGUACGAAAUAAUAACGAAAUUAAAUAAUUGAAAUUCUAUACUUUUUGUGUUGAUUAAAACUAGUAUACGCUAUUAGAUUCAAUAUCAUGACGUAUACUCAGAAAAAGGAAACUUCCCGAAUAAUAAUACCAUGGUUGUGAAAGUAUGGUCCAAAAGAUUAAGAUUGUUACUCUCCUCGAAAUUGUCUUCGGGUUACAAAGUACACUUAUAUUUGUCCAACAACUUUCAUUGUAGAGAACUUAGGAGUAACAGGUUUAACUCAUAUAUAUUCUGUUAUAUCUCGUCAGAUGCCCAUUGUUAUUGAACUAUGACACCCAUUUGUAAGUAUAAGGAAAAACAAACCCUAUUGAUUGGUUGUACCCUCAUCGCAUUAGUGUUUUUCUUGUUUAAUUUAUUUAAAAAUGAAAAUCUUCGGUUAAAAAAUAACCAAUAAUGGGUAGUGUUUUGGUAAAACUUUAAAUGUUCUUAACUUUACAUACAUUUAUAUAUAAACUUGGCUUUCAUAUCAUUGAUAUUAUUAGUAAACUAUCGGCUAGUAAUUAACUCCUCCUGUAGCUUUCCUAGGGCUACUGCCGGUCCCAAACCCAGGUAAAGAAGUAGGGUUGGGCGUGGGGUCGGCAACCCCAUCCCGUAAAAAACGGCCUUGCUAAAAAACACUAACCAGAAUAUACAAUUUGAACCACUUAAACUCUGCCCUCAGGGUUGAAGGAAGAACUAUAAUGCCUCAUGAUGAAAGCCGAGGUUCUUCGGAAGGACCAGUCAAAUAACAACGGAAAUGAGGCGGUACAACUUGGCAGUCCUCGGAAUCAGCGAAUCCCAUUGGACCCAAGCUAAACAGCGAAGGUUAGGUACGGGAGAGAUUCCGCUACACUCCGGUCACGAGGAGGAAAAUGCUCCACACACGCAGGAAGUUGCUCUAAUACUGUCAAAGAAGCACGCAAUGUACUUAUAGGAUGGGAACCUUAUGUAUCCAGGAUCAUCAAAGCAUCCUUCAAAAUAAAGGAAGAGGGCAUUACAAUGAAUGUUAUGCACCCACCUAUGAUAGCAAUGAUGACGAUAAAGAUCAUUUCUACUCGAGGCUGCAAUCUAUCAUAGAGAAGUGCUCAGGAAAGGACCUGACAAUCCUAAUUGGAAAUCUAAACACCAAAGUCGGAAUGGAGAACAACAGUUAUGAAGAUAUCAUGGGACGACAUGGACUGGUUGGGAGAAAGGAAGAAGAAUGGUGAGAGAUUCGCAAAUCUAUGUGCACUCAAAAAAUUGGUUAUAGGCGGCACAAUAUUCACACACAAACACAUACACAAAGCUACGUGGGUCUCACCGGACCACAUCACAGAGAAUCAGAUAGAUCAUAUUUGUACCAAUAGAAAAUUCAGAAGGACAAUGGAAGACGUGAGAACUAGGAGACGAGCUGACAUAGCUUCAGAUCACCACCUGGUGGUUGCCAAGAUGAAAUUGAAGCUAAAGAAGCAUUAGAAAACUGAACAAACAGCAUUAAAAAAGGUUCAAUACAGUCUUCCUUCGAGAUACUGACAAACGUAACUAAUCCAAGAUAACUCUCAAUAACAGGCGCCUAUCCUUACAGGAUCUACUUAAAGAAGAAGAAACUGCCAUGGAGGACAACUGAAAAGGGAUCAAGGAAGCUCUAACUUCAACAUGUCAGGAGGUUCUGGACCGAAAGAAGCAUCGUCAUAAGGAAUGGAUCUUUAUGGAAACCCUGGACAGGAUUCAAGAAAUGAAGAACAAAAAGACAACAAUUAAUAACAGCCAAACAAGAGCAGAUAAAGUCAAGACACAAGCUAAAUACACCGAAGCAAACAAGCAAGUGAAUAAAAGCAUUAGAGCCGACAAGUAAAAAUACCUAGUAGACCUAGUAGCGACAGCGGAGAAAGCAGUAACAGAAGGAAAUAUGAAACAAUUGUAUGACAACAAAGAAACUGACAGGGAAAUAUAGUAAACCAGAGAGACUCGUCAUGGACAAAGAAGGCAAGACAAUCACCGAGAUUCAAGAACAGAGAAACAGAUGGGAGGAGCACUUCGAAAAACUCUUGAAUCGACCAGCUUCGUUGAAUCCAACGAACAUCGAAGCUGCACACACAGACCUUCUUAUGGAUGUCACUCCACCAAAAAUCGAAUAAAUCAGGCAAAUCAAGAAUGAGAAAGCAACAGGACUUGACAACAUACCAGUCGAAGCACUAAAGUCAGACAUAGAAGUAACUGGAAGUAUGCUUUACGUUCUAUUUAGGAGGAUUUGGAGGAAGAACAAGUGCCGACAGACCUGAAAGAAGGAUUCCUCAUCAAGAUACCAAAGAAAGGAAACCUUAGCAAGUGUGAGAACUACAGUGGUAUCACACUACUGUCGGUGCCAGCACAUGUUUUCAACAAUGUUGCUGAAACGGAUGGAAGACUCAAUAGACGCCCAACUUCUAGACCAACAGGCCGGAUUCCAUAAGGAUUGGUCGUGCACAGACCAAAUCGCGACACUAUGGAUCAUUGUUAAACAAUCAAUUAAAUGGAGUUCGUCACUGUACACCAACUUCAAUGAUUAUGAAAAUGCAUUUGACAAUACGGAUAGGAGAACCUUAAAGAACCUUCUUCGACACUGGUGUACCUGAGAUCGUCAACAUCAUACAGAAUUCAUGCGAUAGACUACACUACACAGUCGUGCAUGGAGGACAGUUGACAGAUGUAUUCCAAGUAAGGACCGGAGUUAGACAAGGUUGACUACUCCCCCCUUUCUCUUUCUUCUGGUGGUUGACUGGAUUACGAAGACCUCCACAUUUGACAAGAAGCACAGAAUAAAAUGGAAAGGUUCGAUGCAACUAGACGAUUUCGACUUCGCAGAUGACCUAGCUCUUCUAUCCCAUACAUACGAAUACAGAUGAAGACAACUAGUGUAGCAGCAGCCUCUACAGCAGUAGGCCUCAACAUACACAACGGGGAAAACAAGAUCCUCAAAUACAACACGGAGAACAUCAACCUAAUCACACUCGAUGGAGAAACUCUGGAGGAGGUGGAAAGUCUUACGUACCUGGGUAACAUCACCUAUAGACAAGGAUGAUCUGACUCACAUGUGAAGGAAAGAAUGGGCAAAGCAAGGGCAGAAUUCCUACAAUUGAAAAGUGUUUGGGACUUGACACAACCUUCAGCCAAAAUGAAAGUCAGAUUCUUCAAUACGAACGUCAUGAAAUUUCUAGUGUACGGAGAUAAAACUUUGAGAACUACCACAACCAUUAUCAAAAAUGUACAAGUAUUUAUAAACAGUUGUCUACGCAAGAUACUCAAUGUCCGUUGAUCGGAUACCAUCAGCAACAACCUAGAACAAACCAGCUUCCAGUUGAAGAGGAAAUUAAGAAGAGACGCUCGUGAUGGAUAGAACACACAUUGAGGCAAUCAUCAAACUGCAUCACGAGGCAAGCGCUAACUUGAAAUUCUAAAGGGAAACGAAAAAGAGGAAGGGCAAAGAACACACUGCGUCAAGAAUUGGAAGCAGACAUGAAAAGGAUGAAUAGCGACUGGAAAGGAUUGGCCACGACAGAGUUGCGUGGAGAAUGCUGGUGGGCGGCCUAUGCUCCUCGACGAGGGGUAACAGGUGAAAGGAUUCGAAAAAGAUUUGGAAAGUUUACACUCAAAAUUAGCAAUGACUCAAUCAAAUUUAAUAGAAUCUCGUGAGAAUUACAAGAAAUUCGCUUUAAAUACAAAACAAAAUCUUGAUCAAAUUGUAAAAGCUAUACAAACGUUUAUGAAUUGGCCAGAAUCCGGUUCACUGAGUCAACAAACUCCAAUAACAAUAUGUUCAGUUUUUCGUCGUUUAAGACAUUUAGAAAGGCGUUUAGAAUUUGCUAACUCUCGUCUUCCCGUUUUACGCACUCGUUUAUUGUUAUCGUCAUCAUUAUUACACCGGAAAGCAGAUGUAGACCAGUCAACGCAAGUCAGCUACGAAUUAAAACAUUGGAUUGGUGAUAUUUUAUCAGAAUCAGAGAAAGAAGAGAUCAUUUCUCAGGCUCAAACCGAGACCCUUAGGGCUAUAAAAGAGCGUGACCGAGCAUUAGAACAGUUGUCCGAUUAUGUUAAAUCAUUUGAUAAUCGUGUUCAAGAUGCUGAGAAAGCAGUUGAAAAAGAAUUAUCAGAACUUCGGGAAGCAAACAGAAUUUUGAAUUUAUCUUUACAUGAUGAACAAAAGAAAUUAAAAGAAUGUUCAGAUCAAUUAAAAAGUGAAAAACUAACUAAUAAUGAUCUCGAACAAAAGUAUACAGAUGAAAUUGAACAUUUAAAAACUCAACUCUCUGAAACGGAUAUGAAGCUUACCAAAGCUUUAACGGAACUACGUCGGGCUGAACGCCGUGUAGAUCGAGAAAUUAAUGAAAGAAAGUUACAGAUCAAUAGUAUUGAGAAUACCUACAAAUCCAAAAUUCAAACUCUAGAGAAUGCACUUCAUUCGUUUUAUCCAGAACCUUAUCACUGCUAUGGUAACAAUACAGCGAAGUCACCAAAUGUUAUUCAAAAAAUGACGAGUCCAAUAGUACCUACAUUUGCAAGCCAUAUUGGUAGGUUUAUUUUAAGUCGCUUCCUCACAUUUUAGAUCUCAAUGAAUCAAUUCGUAAACUUGACCACCUUGCUGAUCGACUAAAUAGCGAUUUGUCAAGCGAUUCAGAUGCUGAAAAAGAUGUUGAACAGUGACUUGUAGAAAUGUGAAGGCUGUACAUAUUUUUAUAUUUUAGUUUGUCUUCACCGUGAUACACUACAUUAAAAGUAUGCUAAUAUAAGAAAUGUUAAUAUACAUAUAACAAGCGGAAAAUUCUUCAAAUAAAUCGCCAAAUGAUAAGUGCAAGUGGUUGACCAACAAAUGGCUUUAUUUUUCAAGGAAUAAAAUAUAAACCACUGAUAGCUUUGAUUUCCAAAAGAACAAAUCAAUAAAUGGGUUCACAUACAAUCCAUUCAGUUUAGUUAAAUAAACUUUCUUCCUCGCUCUCCAUCUUUUCCUUCGAGUAGUCGGGUUUGUGCAUAGAAAGUAUGUAUCAAUAUCGACUCGAGAACAAUGUUUACUUCACUCGCUUAAAAACAAACGUAUUUGUAUACUGUAUGCUUUCAUAUGAGUAGUAAUUAAGAGAUUAAAUUGUACUAGUACAAAAACACUCCAAUGACAUUAUCGGAUCACAGCAAGAACAAAAUGACUGAUUAAAAAAUAAUUAUCGUGAACUGAGUAUUCCUCUUGACCCCAUACCGUCUAGAUGUUAUCUAUUGUAAAAUUUGUUUCAGCAUACAAACUGCUUAGUCUACAGAGCUGAUUACUCAUACUGUAUGUUUGCUAUAUGAUUUCCAGGGUUACCAGAUGUGAAAAGUAACUGUUAGCUUAGUUAGCACCUAAUCUAGACAACAUGUAGGAACUUUUCAUAACACGGCAUCAAAAAAACUACGUCGAAAUGAGAUAGCUUUUCCUAAGGCUUUUUUGUGAGUUUUCUGAACUGAAUUUUCAUAAACUGGCGUUUGC